ACGCCUGAAGUGAAGGGCGCAUGCGUGCUAGGAAGAAAGCAAAGGGAAACCCUAGGAUUGCACACUCGAGAUGGCCAACAUCCUCUCCGUGUCUCCUCUGUCGCGACGGUAUUUUCCCUCCUCUCUAUCAGCCUAUCGCAAGCCCUCUCUUGCAAGGAGCAAGGGCGCGGCUUUUUCCUCGUGAAGGGCGGUGUAGAUCGAGGCAAGGUCGGUGGGGUUUCGCCGAUCGCUGGUGCCGUUGCUUCGGGAACAUCAUCGACGCAUGGUUUCUGACGUCACGUCUUAGAAAGGAAACCCUGAAGAGUCCAUGGAUCCAGACGCCUACAGGAAUGUCGACGGGCUGCGCAUGCUAAAGUUCUUCGAUGAGACCAAUAUUCGCUUUGCCAUGGGCUACGAACCAGAAGAUGAGGACGUCAUUAUUGCCAGUUAUCCCAAGUGUGGCACGACGUGGACGCAAUACAUCGUGUCGAACCUCUUCACGGGCGGGAACCCUCCCAAGACGACGGUCGACUUCAUGCUUUCUUCGCCCCUUAUAGAACUCACAGGGGUCGACGCCGUGCGCAACAUGCCGCGCCCUGGAGCCCUGAUGACGCACCUGCCGUACGACAAGUGCAAGCAUUCAUCGAGGGCCAAGUACAUCUACGUGACGAGAAACCCGUACGAUUGCUGCGUAUCGUACUAUCACUUUAUCAAAUAUUUCACAUCAACGAAAUGUGAAGACGUGUCUUUCGAUAAGUUUCUUUCUCUCUUCUUAUCUGGAAAUUUGCUCUACGGUGACUACUUUGAUCACCUUCUCUCCUGGUACCCACAUCGAGAUGACCCUAACGUUCUCUUUCUAACUUACGAGAAACUUCAGGAGGACAGGCCAUACUGGGUACUGCGCAUCGCUGACUUCUUGGGCGAACAAUACGGCAGUGCCCUCCGGAAAGACGAGGCAUUGCUGCAGAAGAUUCUCGACUCAUGUACUGUGCAGAACAUGAAAACGGUGUUUACUGACCCUACAAAGGUGUGGAUACGGAAAGCGUUAGAUUUGCCGCCAGAAAGGCGUCUAGCUUCCCUGGAAGUGUACAGGCACAGCGCGGCUCACCACGCAGAAACGCAUCGCGGAGGUGGCCUUGUUCGCAAAGGUGUCGUGGGAGACUGGAAGAACCAUUUUUCUUCGGAACAUAUCGAACGAAUGAAGCGCAGCAUAGCAGAAAAAACAGUUAUGGCUCCGGAUGUCAUGAACCUUUGGGAAGGUCUGCAGCUUCCGGUGUGAAAUCUGAGCACCACGUUUGCGAUCAUUUUAGGCGCCAUUCCGGCAUCUAAAUGGCACCCGUGAUGAGGGGAUAAAUAAAUUGUUUAAUCGCUGUUACUGACAGUGAACACCGCAAUGAAUCUCGCACUAAAAACUUUCUGGGAUGCUUAACCCUAGCUUACGAACAAUGUGUUCGUCUUUAAUAAGCAGACAUAAAGAGUGGAGAAUGCUCGCAUAAUUCUUUUCAACAGUCCUGUGUUCUGGCACAGCUUACACAGACGCGCACAGCCUCUCUGAAGAAAGUGGCGAUACACCUUUAGUCUAUUAAAAAGCGCCGCCCUUAUCCACACUGCUUUUCGUUCAUAAUUGUCCUUUGCCAUUGACCUUCGCUAAAAUAUUUCCAGCCUCAAGAUUUACUGACCUUUGUUCUAACAAGCAGUUCUAACGUAAUAUAUUUUUGUUAUUAACAGUCCUAGAUCACAUAGUUUAAUUAUUGUUCUGUAUCGUAAAGGUUCUUCAGCUGUCCUGCUCAACACCAUUAUUGGUACGCAUACCUAACUAUUCGCUGCAUAACACC